CUACAAUUUGCUGGGCAUCGCCAGAUUCAACGAUGGCACCGAGGCAGAGAAAAGGAUUGACAUCCGCAUAAAGGUGCUAGACGAGAAUGACAACGAGCCAAAAUUUGACGCCAUGAAGCCCGUCGACGUGUAUGAACGUAGCCCUGCGGGGACGCCGGUCACAACUGUCACAGCGACUGACGCCGAUGAACAGGGCAACCCCAACUCUCAGCUGCUCUACACCAUCGUGAAGCAGACCCCACCUCAUAACAUGUUCCGCAUGCACAACGAUGGUAACAUCUAUGUGGACAAAUCCACUCUGGAUAGAGAGACGACAGAUCAGUACUUUGUGACAGUGCAAGCUCAGGACCUCAAUGGCGACCCUGACGGCCUCACAGGAACCAGUACCUUGACCAUCAAUGUGCUGGACAUCAACGACAACCUUCCAACGCUGGAAAAAGACGAGGUACUUGCCGUUAUUUAAGAAUGAAGGAUGAU